CCGCCGCCGGCCCCGCCGGCCCCCCGCGCGAGAUGAUGGACGGCCGCCUCCUGGAGCACCCGCACGCCCAGUUCGGGGGCUCGCUCGGCGGCGUGGUGGGCUUCCCCUACCCGCUGGGCCACCACCACGUGUACGAGCUGGCCGGCCACCAGCUCCAGACGGCCGCCGCCGCCGCCGCCGCCUCGGUGCCCUUCUCCAUCGACGGGCUCCUGAGCGGCUCGUGCGCCGCCGCCGCCGCCUCGGUGGUCAACCCCACGCCGCUGCUGCCGGCCGCCUGCGGGGUCGGCGGGGACAGCCAGCCGUUCAAGCUCUCAGACUCGGGGGACCCGGACAAGGAGAGCCCGGGCUGCAAGCGGCGGCGCACCCGCACCAACUUCACGGGCUGGCAGCUGGAGGAGCUGGAGAAGGCGUUCAACGAGAGCCACUACCCCGACGUGUUCAUGCGCGAGGCGCUGGCGCUGCGCCUUGACCUAGUCGAAUCCCGAGUGCAGGUCUGGUUCCAGAACCGCCGGGCCAAGUGGAGGAAGAAGGAGAAUACCAAGAAGGGCCCGGGCCGGCCGGCGCACAACUCGCACCCCACCACGUGCAGCGGCGAACCCAUGGACCCCGAGGAGAUCGCACGCAAAGAACUGGAGAAGAUGGAGAAAAAGAAGCGCAAGCACGAGAAGAAGCUACUCAAGACUCAGGGCCGCCAUCUCCACUCUCCCGGCGGUCUGUCUCUUCACAGCGCGCCCAGCUCAGACAGCGACAGCGGCGGCGGCGGCCUGUCCCCGGAGCCGCCCGAGCCGCCGCCUCCCACCGCCGCCGCCGCCGCCGCCAAGGGCCCGGGCGCGCCCGCAGCGCCUGGCGAGCAGCCCGCAGCGCCCGGCACCUGCGACCCCGCCUUCUACCCGAGCCAAAGAAGCGGCGCCGGCGCGCCCGCCGCCCGCCCCGGCCGCCCCGCCGACAAGGACACGGCACCGUGCGCGCCCGGCGCGGCGGCGGAACGCGGGGCGGCCGCCCUGCCCAAGGCCAGCCCGUUCAGCGUGGAGAGCCUCCUGUCUGACUCGCCACCGCGCCGGAAAGCCGGCCCGGCCAACGCCGCCGCGGCCGCGGGGCUGGACUUCGCGCCGGGGCUGCCGUGCGCGCCUCGGACCCUCAUCGGGAAGGGCCACUUUCUGCUCUACCCCAUCACGCAGCCGCUGGGCUUCCUGGUGCCGCAGGCCGCGCUCAAGGGCGCCGCGGGGCCCGAAACGGCGCCCAAGGACGCGCCGCCCGCGCCGCCCGCCGGCUUCCCGGCCUUCCCGGGGCCCGAAGCCGCCGCCGCCGCCGCCUCUCCGGGCGCCACCGUCCCGGCGUCCUUCCGGGACGCGGCGGCCGAGGGCGGCGGCGCGGACGGCGGCGACGGAGCGGACCCGGGGCCCGCCUGCUCGGCCGUCCCGCCGCCCCCGACGCUCGCGCCGCCGCCGCCGCCCCCCCCCGCAGGGGAGCCCGGGGGCCCGGAGCCCGGCGGCGCAGGGGGCCCCGGCGCGCCCGAGGCGGAGGAGGUGGACAUGGACUGA